AUGGCGGAGAUGAUCGCCGUAUCCCUCUCGGCGAAGGUUGCCGCGGCGCUAUCCCACAGCGCGACCGUCGACAUCUCCGCUCUCGUCGCCAUCCGCUCGGGCAUCGCGGCCGCGGCGCGGGACCUGGAGCUCCUCCGCGCGUUCCUCCGGUUCGCCGACUCCCGCCGCGGCGCCGACCCGCUCGCCUCUGCGUGGGUGGACCAGGUGCGAGACGUCGGCUUCGAGCUGGAGGACGUCGCCGACGAGUACGCCUUCCUCUCCGGCGGCGGCUUCGUCCGCGCCUGCGCCAACCUGGGCGCGUGGUUCGCUCUGUCCGGACGGCUGAGGAAGGCGCGGGCGAGGCUCCGCGACCUGUCGGUCGCCAAGGAGCGGUACGGCAUCCGUUCUUCAGCCGAGGCUUGCUCUCCCGACGGCGCCGCCGUGGCCGUCGUUAGCCGGAAGUUGGCGGAAGCAGCGCACUUCCUUGAGGAGGAGGAAAUCGUCGGCUUUGGGGCGCACAGAAGGUUACUGAUGAAAUGGCUUACGGAUGACGCCGACUCCCGGCAGACGCUGGUCGCUGUCUGCGGGAUGGGUGGCGUUGGCAAGACCACUCUGGUCACAAACGUGUACAAGGAAGUCGCCGCAAGCCGCCACUUUGACUGCGCUGCGUGGGUGGCUGUCUCCAAGAACUUCACCACGGAGGACCUCCUUAGGAAAAUUUCCAAAGAACUGCAUCGGGACAUCGGUGCCGGCAUGCCGCGGGACAUUGACGAGAUGGACUACCGGUCGCUGGUGAAGGCUUUGCAUGGGCAUCUUGCCAAGAAGAGGUGCUUGUUGUUGCUGGAUGAUGUAUGGGAUGCCAAUGCGUGGUAUGAAAUCCGCAAUGCGUUUGUUGAUGACGGAACCGGGAGCCGGAUAAUCAUCACGACACGCAGUCAAGAUGUUGCCUCGCUGGCAGCAUCCACCAGGAUCAUCAUGUUGGAGCCUCUCCCUGAGCAGGAAGCAUGGUCGUUGUUUUGUAACACCACAUUCAGGGAAGAUGCCACCCGGGAGUGCCCGCGUCAUUUGGAGGGUUGGGCUUUGAAGAUGCUUAGCAGAUGUUGUGGCCUACCAUUGGCCAUUGUAUCAAUUGGUAAUCUUCUUGCUUUAAAGAAAACCGAAUUUGCUUGGAAGAAUGUUCACGACAGCCUUCAAUGGAAUGAAAGCAGUGAUACCGGAAUUAAGCAAGUGUCGAGCAUACUAAAUCUGAGUAUCGAUGAUCUGCCAUAUCACCUGAAAAGAUGUUUCCUCCAUUGUGGCAUAUACCCUGAGGAUUUCCCGAUCAAAAGGAAAAUUCUGAUCAGGUUGUGGAUUGCAGAAGGCUAUAUCGAGGAAAAGGGCCAGAGCACAAUGGAGGAGAUUGCAGAUGAUUACCUGAACCAGCUAGUGCAACGUAACCUGUUGCAGGUCAUGUUAAAGAAUGAGUUUGGACGAGCGAAGCGGCUCUGCAUUCAUGACCUUAUCAGGGAUUUGAUUCUGGAAAGGUCAACAAAGGAAGGGUUCAUUGUAUUCUUAAGGUGUCUGCCAGCAUUGGAGUCAAGAAAAAAGAUCCAUCAUCUUAUACUUGACCGGUACGAAAGUGAUCAUCUACCAGUUCCAAAGAUGACAUUGAUUCGAUCCUUAAAUGCAUUUAUGUCAGAUAUGGAUUCUUCACUCUUGUCUAGAUUUAGGUUAUUAACCGUAUUAAACUUAUGGUUCGUUCAGAUAGAUAAACUGCCUAGCUCACCGUCCAAUCUUCUAAAUCUGCGGUAUCUUGGCAUCCGUUCCACCCUCAUUGAAGAGCUUCCACUGGAUUUGGGAAAAUUACAUCACUUGCAAACUUUAGACGCCAAGUGGUCCAUGGUCCAGAGAUUACCGCCUAGCAUAACAAAGCUCAAGAGCCUGCGCCACCUGAUACUGUAUAGACGUCAAUCUGCAGAUUUUAGGUAUCCGACCCCUGGCAGGGCAGUUGUAUUUCCACAGGGGCUACAAAACCUAACCUGCCUACAGACCCUUAAAUACAUUGAGGCUGAUGAGAAGAUAGUCAAAUCCUUAGGAAGCUUGAAACAUAUGAAGAGCUUAGAGCUAUUUGGUAUGCAUGAGAGCAUUCUUGUUCAUUUGGCCUCAUCUAUCUCCAAAAUGAGCGGCCUUCUGCGCUUGGGAAUUGUCGGUCGAGAUGCUAAUGUUACAAUGGACCUGGAGCCCUUUUAUCCACCACCACUAAAGCUACAGAAACUUUCAUUGACAGGGAUGUUAGCAAGAGGCAAGUUGCCUUCAUGGUUUGGCUGCCUUGAUAACCUCAUGCAGUUGCGUUUGUGUUCAUCUGAGAUCAAGGGAGAAUCAAUUAGAUUGCUUUCAUCGCUCCCCAGGCUGUUACAUCUCAGUCUGUCUGACCUUCUCUUCGGCGUCCUUGAUUAG